AUGGCGGCAACAACGACCACGACCCUCGCUCCCGACGCCGCUGACGCUGCCGGUACUGGUACCGGCAAGGCCGAGCCGGUAGCUGAGGACGGCGCGCAGAAAGUGGACACAGAGGACGGUGCGCUCAACGGUCAUGCGGGUACUUCGGACAACAGCGACGAAGCACGGGCAGCACAGGAAGAGCAGCCCGAUGACGAAGAGGUCGAUUCGGGCGACGAGGAUGAAGACGACGAGGAUGAGGACGAUGAGGACGACGACGAGGAUGACGACGACGAGGAUGACCAGCCGGUCGAUCGCAUUCUAGGGCGCCGCGGUUUACUCGGCGAUGAACAGGCUGAAGCAGAGGCUGAAUCUGAUGCUGAGGUUGAUACUGAGGAUAAACCGACAGACAAGCACGCGGCACCCGCCUCGCCCCGUAACAGCUCACAGCUGGUCUUGCCAGCCCCGACGGGCUCUUUGGACUCCCCCAAACCCUCCAAGGAAGAGACUCGGGAUGCGCCUCGCGACCCGCUAAUGCCGCCACGAGGUCGCUUUUAUAUGCACGAUGACCGCUUGGCUCCCAGUCCACGCGGUCGAGGCCGUGGUCGUGGUCGCGGUCGAGGCCGCGGCCGCGGCCGGGGUCGGGGUGCAGACAAUGCCGAUGCCGAGGGACAGACAUCUUCUCAGGAACCCGAUGCGCGUCUAAACGGACACGCGGACGAUGCCGAAUUUCGGUCCCGCCAAAUUAAUGGUCCUGCGCAGGAUCGUGCUGGGAGCCGCAAAUCGCGUCACUUGUGGGAUUCGCAUACGGAUCAAGGGGCAUGGAAACAUGACAAGUUUGAGGAGCUUCAAAAGCCCAAGCGCAACGAGCCUGACGAUGGCGAACAGACAGUGUCCACUGCGGACGCAGUAUCACAACCCGUAGCAGCGCUGGAGCGUGAGCUGACCUUGCAGCUAGAUGAAUCACCUGCCGUUACGUUUUCGGCCCAGGCUCAGGCUCAGCUGCAGGGACUGAAGCUGGGUGCGCCCGAGGCUCCGGCUCGCCAAGAAUUCGACGGCACAGAGGAACGGGAUCAGUCGACCGUGACACCGGCAGCAGCUGCCAGCACGGGGGUCACGGCGCCCCGCUUCUCGGCCAACCGCACGGCUGCCGCCUCGACGGCGCCCGCAACGGCCACCUCUCCGGCCGCCUCGACCCAAGAGCGCCUUCAGGACAUUCGUAGCCAAGUGCAGCCGGCUGCCGCGGCACAUCGUCAGACGGCGCCACGCCGCAUGUCCCCCCAUCAACAACGUGCCGCUGCUGCCGUCAUGGCCCAAUCCUACAUGCCGGCGCAAGGUUAUGGGAUGAUGGUUCAGAACCCCUAUGGCCCAGGCAUGGUACCCACGACACAGGGUGCAGUCUACGAGCACCAGCCGUACAUGACAGCAAAUGCCGCACCGUUUUAUCCGACGAUGAUGCCCAUGGAUGGCAUGGCUGAGCCUUUCUAUCCAUCGGCGGCCAUGAUGCCCGCCCACACGCAGUCAUCCAAUGGUGGUUAUGGCAUGGGCCCCGUCUACUAUCCAGAUAUGUCCGGGGCUGCGUACAUGGCCGCGCCGUACGCCAUGCAAGGCGUCUACUCCCCUGGCGCCGUCGCCCCACCACCAAUGGGCCAGGGCUCGGUUCCCGGCAUCCCCAGCCCCUACAAGGCUUCUCGAGCUGUCCAGAUUGAUUGA